ACGUCACCCGAAACCGGAAGUAAACAGACCCUGCGCCAUUUUGGAAGACCAACAAACUCGUGAUUAGGGGGAAAUAACGGCAGCGGUAUGUGAACCCACAAGAAUAAAGUGGAGUGGCAAACGACUUAAACAAAUCUGAGCUGUUUUAUUUAUGAUUUAUUGGCCCAACAGUAGACUUGAAAGAAACCUGUGUGAGACUUGGCAAAAAACUGUGGAUAUAAUGGAUAAGUCUGUGCAUGAUCUGCGGACACUUUGAGAUGCUGGCCUGGAUGACCUGCCGGCUUCUGCUGAGUUGCCUUGUUCUGCAGAGGCCACUGUGUCGCCUGGACCGGUCAGUAGCAGGGCAGAACUUCCGGGUUGGAGAAAUGGCGGGCCAUAACAACAGAGACACAAUGGAGAAUUUGGAGGAUGGGGAAAUAAGUGGCUCUGAUUCAGAGCCAGAAAUGCAUUCAGAAGACCGGCAGCAGAGAUCUUCUGCAGUAGCUUUUUCAGCCCAGCACUUCCAGAGUGGAGAUCGUCCACAGACUGCUUCAUAUGUCACCAGCUACCGUAGCUCCAUUGCAACCGAUUCCAGCGACAGUGACUCGGAAGAAGAGGCUGCGUUGUGGAGGCGAAAGCGUCAGAAGUGUUCCAAUGUUCCUGUGCCUCCCACAGCUUUCGGACGUUCCGGCACUGUCAUGGGUCCUCCAUGCCGCAAAGUGAACAACAUCUGGGGUUCUGUGGUGCAGGAGCAAAGCCAGGAGGCUGUUGCAGCUGAGCUUGGCAUCAUGGGAAUGGAGGGGGGCAUCACUAUGGACAGCCGUCAGUCUGAGACCUAUAAUUACUUACUGGCACGUAAACUGAUGGAAAAGGAGAAGGAGGAGCAUGACAUGGAGACCAUGCUGGAGGGGCAGCUCGAGGAAUACAUGCAGCACAGAGCACAGGAAGAGAAGAACGAUGGCCAUCUGAAGAGGAAGCGGUCAGCCAAGGAACGGCUUGGUCCUAAAGCCGAGAUGGACUUUAAAGGGCGGUAUGAGCUCACGAUGGAUGACCCUGAAGAUAAAGUGAUUGAUGAAAUAGCACACAGGUUAAUGGAGCCAAAGAAGGAGUUAAUAGAGCGUGUCGUGAAGGUGAUUGGCACAAAGAAAGCGAUAGAGCUUCUGUCAGAAACUGCAACGAUUGAGCAAAGCGGAGGUCUUUACACAGUGGAUGGCAGUAGAAGGCGGACGCCUGGAGGGGUUUAUCUGAACUUGCUGAAACAUACUCCUAGUAUUUCUCAUGAUCAGGUCAAGGAAAUAUUCUAUGAAGAGAACCAGAAAGAGUAUAACAGCAAAAAGGCAAACAAGAAGGCCGCCAAGCAGCGACAAAAAUACUUAGUAGCCAAGAAAAUGAAGCAAGCGAUCGGCACUUUGAACCUGCAGGAGCACGAUGAUGUUUCUCGGGAAACGUUUGCCAGUGACACCAAUGACGCUUUGGAGUCGCUGGAGGAUGGGGGUGAGGACCAGCCCGAGUCUGCGCUGGGCACAGAGGAAGCUCCUGUAGUUUAUAACUCAAAUGACCUGGAGGUUUUCUGAUUGUUGCUGAUUUUCUUCCUGAGAGACUGUGUAGAUAGUGACGAGACAGUAAAUUGAGCUGUCCCCAUGUUCAGUGAUGUGGGCUGAGCAGAUUAGAUUUCAUUUAACGUACGUGUGUUUGACCUAGUCAUUUCUUUUCCCCCGUUUCAUGCUCCAUCUCUUGGGUGAGGCUGGACAUGGCAAGUUCUGCACUGCAUAAAGGUGUCCGUGUCGGUGUUAACGAGCUCAGAAACCUUCGGCUGCUUUGACAUUAGGCAUCUUUUCCUGCCUUUAACGUCUACAUGUACCGUAAUCUUAUGGGAGGAAGGCAGAACGUGAUUCUGUCACUGUGGAGCUCUUCUGAAUGUAAGAGGAAAAGUCCCUUUUCAGAAAAGUGCAGAGUGAGGACAAACAUGAUCUUAUCAAUCAGAUUUCAGUUUGGAGGCAAGUUAGGAAAAAUCAGCAUGGAAGGCAGUGCUGGUAGAAAGCAUAGGCUUUUUUUUUUUAUAAAUAUAUUUAAAGUGAGCGAAUGUUGUGCUUAAUGAUGUAUUUAGUUUGGUGUCAAUGGUUUUCAUUUCAGUGUUCGAUAUAACUAACAGUUAUUCCACGACGUCGAGCCGUACAUGAGCUGAUACCCGAUGAGGCGCAUAGCAAAAUUCGAUAAAUAAAAACUUUUAUACAAAACGUGCGACAAAAUAAUUUCCACUUAGAAUGUAAACAAACCGGUGAAAUGACAGUAGCAAUUUGUAGAAAAUGUUAUAAUAAUUCCUGAAAAAUAAGAUCUUACCAUCAAAUACUGUGUUAUUCCAUAUUUUGUUGCUUUUUUUGGGGGGGGGGUUGAGUAGAGUUUUUAUUUCAUCCUUGGUUGGUUCAGCAACAUGCUCUGUCUUUCUCUACUCACAGUAUGAGCUGAUAGCCUAGUUGUAGAGUAGCCAAUCAGAGUGCGUGAUUGCUCAUAUCCAGUGAAUGUGGCUAGAAUAACAAAAGGGUAUUUCUGGGACGUUCGUUGGUAUCCGAUGUCACAGACCAGUCUUGGUAUAAAUCUGGCUGAAUACAGUGUUUUAGGUUUUUUUUUUUUUUUUUUUUUUUUUUUUUAAAUGGAGGGAACCUUGUGAACGCAGCCUUAUUAAUGACAUUUUCUUUAAUUAGCAGUUUUAUGCAGUAUAGUGUAAGUGAAGCCAGUUACGACCAUGCACUUUUGCUUGCUCACUAAUUUUAUACUUUAUUUUAGUACUAAAAUGUCUGUGCAAUCAAGUUAAACCUAAUCAUACCUUCGGUUCCUUCUGUCCUGAAAUUGUUCAGAGAAUCUGCUUAAUACUACUUGUACAAGUACUGACAGAUGAUAUUAUGCUUAAUACAAAGCAACACUGAGCAUUUGUCACAAUCUAGUCAUAAUGAUGCUUCAUCAUCGUGCACUUGUUCUGCCUGCCAUUGACUAACCACGAUGUUAAAUUUGUAUUUGUGAAAAAUGACAGCGUAUUCAGAUACACUAAGCAUUCAGAAUGCUCAUGUCAAAUACGUGAGCGUUUUGUCAAUGAAUAAAAUGCUCUCAUGUAAGGUUUUUAUGUUUGCCAUUGAAUCAAGUACCAAAUUUUAAAAUAAAGUUCUGAUUAGAA